GUUUAGUGUGGGAUUCGUCAUGUGUCGCUCGGCGUCAUGAGGAAACACUCACUCUGAGAACUUGUCGACCUGAAGACUGUGGGUUAUUGUCGCUUGAACGGGCUGUCAAGGAACUCUUUAAGUGUGUGCUGUUUUCGGGAUUCCUCUCUCCACCUCUCCUGUGUCGUUAUGUCACCGUCUGCAGUCUCCAGCUGAAAAAUAAGAAAAGAAACCCUCAAAACUCAAAGAUGGACACGCGCCUCGAUCAGUCGACAGGUUGGUUUUUAUUUAUUACUGUGAAAUAAAUGUUUGAUUACAACCAAUGUAACGUUUGAAUUAAAGACCAUAUAUAAAUUCAACUAUAAACUGACACUUAUAUUCAACUUUAAGACAAAUUUAACUUCUUAUUUCUGGUCUCCUAACUUUUAAUUCUUUCUUUUUUUUAAAUCAGACAACGUCGCCUCGGUUGAAUCAACAGAUCCUCCACCGAGGAUGACAAGACAGCAGGUCCUCACCUUACUAUCAAUGGCAUCUGUCAACUUUAGUUCUAUGAUCUGCUACUCCAUAUUAGGACCAUUUUUCCCCAAUGAGGUAAGCCACACCACAGAUUAAAAAUCACAUGUCCAGAUAUGGAGUUAUGGGGUUUGGGGACCACUUGGGUAUUAAGUCUUGAUGUCUGGCUUCAUUAAAGAAAGGCCAGGAGAUUUAACAGAGCCUCUUUUUGAUAGUUGAAUUCAUAUGCGAUAAAAACCAAUUCCUGCUCCAACUUUGGUCUAGUAUGACAAGAGUAGAUAUAGCUGUAAAUCUUAUAUUUAUCGAACUGUUACACUCUCCUCUAAGUUUAAGCAUUUGUUAUUUAACACUAUUUUUAAAGAUAUUAUUACCAUCAGACCAGAGGACUACAAUAUUUUAAAAUCAACCUUGUCACAGAAAAAUCUCCUUUGUACACACACCAUCUAAAGAGGUGCAUUUUCCUGCAUCAAUCACUGUUGAGUUCCACAGCCCAGCCUUAAUUUGGAUAAAUAAUUUAAUCAUGGUGCACAGGUGGAAUACAGGCAAUAACUGGGCUAAAGAUAGGAUUGCCGGGUUGUGAAAUUCCCAAUUGCUCCUUUUUUAUUCAAUUAUUUUCAAAAAAUAUACUUACAACCAUCUAUAAUCCUUAAGUACAGUCUUUUCAGAAAUAAUUUUUGGUCAUGUAUUUCUCCGGCCUGUUCCCAGGAAGUCAUAUGGUCCAAUAAGUCAAAAGGAUUGUUCACCAACAAGCAACUGAAACAUUUAUAUUGUAAAUGGCUUAUCAGGUUUGAUACUAUAAGUGAGGUUUUAAUAGGAUCACCUCUUGGCUUUGUUCACCCUACAAAAUGUGUAAUAUACAGAACUGCAAAAAGCAAAAAUCUACAAUUUAACAAAUCCAACUUGAGCUAAAAUUUUUUAUUUUUAGACACUCUCCUUUAAUGCGGACUCACUUUUUCUGCACACUUUACUCUCCAUGUUGAGUUUGCCAGAGAAGUUUGUACUUAAGUGGUUUACUAAAUUGGACUUGAGUAAAUGCAAAUAUAUGAAAUCACAAUGAUAUGUAAUGUAUCAUAGCAGAACACCUAAAAUUCAAAGCUCUUUGAUUUUUAACCAGUAGUUAUAAAGAAAAUGAAGAAAUAUUCCUUUAUAUGCUUAGCAGGAAAGUUUGUUGGUGUCUGGUUAAAACAAACAUUGCUGGAUUCUCUCAAGGGUUUGAUGUACCUGCCAACGGGAAAAAAGGACAAACAUGUGAGCUUAAAAGGGCAGAAAUGAUCAUUUAAAAUGGCUUGCUUUGGUGUAUUGUUAACGUGUCUUUGUAUCUAAUGUAUGGCUGCUAGUAAAAGAUGUUAAACAGCUGAUCACUGCCAUCAGAGUGGUGAAAAAAACCUUAACUUUCAAUUAAAGCCAAUAAAACCAAAUGUGUUUUUUUUUUCUGUGACCCAGAUUCAAGUAAUAUACAUCAUGAACCCCCAAAUCAUCUACAUUUAUGAAACAUUAAAAUUUUAAGUGUAAAUAAAACCUAUUACUUCAAUUAAGUUCAAGAUUUAUGUGUAACACUACAAGAGGUCUCUUUAGUGGCUUUUAGUGAGGACAAGAAUUUGGAAAACAAUUACUGACAUCCUUACAUUAAGAGUAUGAAUUGUUGGACAUGUUACUCUGCUAGUAGGAGACCCGGCGACCCAAUUUGGGUUUUAACUCUAACUUUGGAAAGACUACAACAGGCAACUGAGUGACUGAUGAGCUUACAAAGCCAUCACCAAAUCCCCUCAAAACAGCUCAGUGUUUGUGUUUCCUCCUCCUCUGAGUGAAUGAGUUAUCAUGUGCUUGACAUCAGAAAACUACAGACCCUUGAAUCACUGGUUCUGUUAUUCUCGGAGGUCAAAAGGUCUGAGGUGAGAUCAGUUAACAUCAUGUGAAGUAACCACUGAGCAAAUCUGAGUGUUUAGAGUAAUAGAAAUGAUCAACACAAUAAUGAGUAUCAUUGAAACUGUUAUUAUAUGAAUAUUUCUACACAGGCGGUAAAGAAGGGAGCCAGCCAGACUGUUGUUGGUCUUAUAUUUGGCUGCUACGCUGUCAGCAAUUUAAUUGGUUCAUUGAUACUGGGAAGAUAUGUAAGUAUGUUGUGCAAUCAGAGGAAUCACAAUCAGGUCACGGUUUAUCAAGUGUGGUUUACUGCCCGGCUAAACAGUAAUUUAAUCUCUCUGUGUUGUUUUAUCAGAUUGUCCAUAUUGGAGCAAAGUUCAUGCUUAUAGUAGGGCUUUUUGUGUCAUCGUUCUGCACCAUACUCUUUGGGUAAGUGCUCAAUGCUAACAAUAUCACUGAACUAUAAUGUAUUUAACAUGUUUUAUUGAUCAACACUGAUGUCGAAAUAUAUAAGAAACAGCUGGUAAAAACCUCAAACACUCAACAGGUUUCAAAGCUGUCACAAUGGCCUCACGGUCGAGACAUUUAGAUUUGGGUCGUGUGGCAAAUACAGUAGUAUAUGAGGCCUUGUGCUUGUACUAAUCCUUUUGUGUUGCUUAUGUAUGAACAGACUGUGAGCCUGUGGGGUGAUUUCCGAACGUAUAGGAUAGGGGACAACUCUAGUGGAAAAAUUCCUUGACAUUUGAAGUUUUUGUAGUAUGUUUUUCUACCCCUAAGCUCUCUCAAUUAAAAUUUUAAAAAGCAGUAGCAUGAAGAUAGAUGGUCAGCAGAAGCCAGAGCAUAACUAGUCGACAUCUCCCUGCAGCAGCAUUUCUUUAAGUAAAGCUUAUGACAUCUAAUGGUAUCUAACCAGACAUUACGCUCUAUCUCUCCUCACUGUGCCAAUUUAAUGAUGUAAGACAAAAUCACAUCUCCAGUGAGUGUUAAAAAGCUGAGAGACAAAUUGGGAAAGCUGGAUGAACACAAUGAAGUUCUUGUCAUUGUGAAAAUGGUGGGAAAAAAAUACAGAGCUACAUCGGGCAAAUCUAAUUAUGAAAAAAAUGUAUCUUUAAGAAUUCUGGUAAACUGCAAAGCCGUGACAUAGGUCUCUAGAUUUUGUUAAUCUCUUAUUUAUUCAAUUUGAUCCCUCGUUUCAUCUUCAGACUUUGCAAAACUGAACUAACAUCUCAGUUUAGUUGAACCUCUCUACUGAAAUUCCUGAGUGACUGUUUAUCUCUUUUCUUGCAGACUACUUGACAGGGUUCCUGCAGGGCCCGCUUUCAUUUCACUGUGCUUUAUAGUAAGGUCCAUUGACGCCGUGGGCUUUGCUGCUGCGAUGACCUCCACUUUCGCCAUGACAGCGAAAAUAUUCCCAAACAAUGUGGCGACUGUUUUGGUGAGCGCGGACAACAGUGGUGUGACUGAGUUGUUUUUUAGACAUAAGAAUCACGAGAAAACAAAAAAGCAUUAUAGCAGGAGUGGGUUUGAAUCCACUAUUUUUCCCAUCACCGUGGGACAUAAUAACAGUUAUCACCAUGCAGUGUUUAGUCCCAGUAUAACAGCUUACAUAAUACCUAAUUCUGCACUCUGGUUUAUAUCUUAAACUGCCUUUUUAAACGUUUAUUUAAUAUACUGUGAUUCUCUCUUUGUAGGGCAGUUUGGAGAUGUUCACAGGACUUGGUCUUAUUCUUGGACCACCUGUUGGGGGGUGGUUUUACCAGUCAUUUGGAUAUGAAGUCCCCUUUAUGCUUCUUGGAUGUUUUCUAUUUAUCAUGGUCCCUUUCAACAUUUACGUCCUGCCAACCAUUGGUACCAUCAUCAGCAUACUGUUUGCUUAUUCUCCAGUUGUGUUUUGAUUCGCAUUAAAGUGUGGGCUGUUUUUAUGUUUGCAGAAGCGGAUCCCUCCCAGGAUUCGUUCUUCCGGCUCCUCACCCAUGUAAAAAUCGUCCUCAUCUGCUAUGUGAUAUUCACUCUUAGUGCAGGUCUGGGCUUCUUGGAUGCCACAUUGUCUUUGUUUGCUAUGGAGGAGGUAUUUUACUUCUAAGAUUAAACUUAACAUGGUUAGAAAUUUCACUUCUCAAAAAUGUGAAAGGUUGUUUGUUUUCUCUACAGUUUGAUCUCUCACCUGGCUAUGUGGGACUUAUCAUGCUGGGUUUGUCGUUACCUUACUGUUUGGCGUCUCCACUGUUGGGGUAUUUUACAGAUAAAUAUCCUGUGAGUAUCCACACAAAAGCAGCUCGUGCCUCUACAACAGUUUUUUUGUGUUAAGUGAUUUGAGUUUAAAUAAACUUGCUGUUCAUGUUGAUGUUGAUCAGUCCACCAGGAGCUGGUUCAUGGUAAUUGGAGGUAUUGCCACAGCAACUGGCUUCUGUCUGCUUGGUCCUCUCCCUUUCCUACACAUCCCGAGGUAAGCAUGGACAAUCAAGAGAUAAAAGUUUAUUUCCCCACUUUGUUUAGAGGACUUAAUCACUCUGUAGACUGCUUUUAACGCUAGAAUGAAUGGAAACUACUUUAAAAAGUGCAAUAAUAGUAAUGCACUUAACUUGUCUUGCACCUAAACAUACUUAUGUUACAAGUUGAUUAAACAAAAUAUACCAACAUAAAGAUUGUACUGCAGCUGUCUUAGGCUGAGGAGAUGAGGAUACGGAUUAGAUGUUUUGACUUUGGCGUCAUUCCUGAUUUGCAAAAGCAGUAUUAAGAAUGCUGAUUGGAACUGUUUCAGUUAUACAGUGAUUCUUGAACACUAGCAGAACUAAUACCCGCUGGUUAACAGUGUUUGUUUUUUUUCUCUGUGUGUUUUGUAUGUAUGUUUAGUCAGCUGUGGUUGCUGAUCCUCAUGCUCGGGGUAAUUGGGUUUUCUCUGGGUAUGACUGCAAUCCCGACGUUCCCUGAGAUCAUUGCACAUGCAUAGUGAGUGGCUUCACAUGUUCUGCUCCCACAUUCAUGACCUGUUGAGUGAGAUUGUUCAUGUAUGCUCUGUGAAACAAACACCCUCCGUUCAUUUCUUCUCCCUUCCUUGUAGUGAACAUGGAUUUGAAGAGGGACUUAGCACUCUUGGGAUGGUGUCUGGACUGUUUGGGGCAGUUUGGUCUUUGGGGUAGGUCCUGCUAACUUAAAAAAAGCUGGUCUAGAUCACACUCUUUAAAAAGAGCCAAUAUAUAGAUGGGAGAAGAUUGAGCACCAUCUUGUUAGAUCAGACUCACUCCCAUCCCAUCUUCAACCACAUAAGUGAAACACUUUGCAGCAUUUAGCAAGUUACAGCAGAGAGGAAAAACUUACUUCCAGUCCCAAAUACUAGUCUCAUGAACUUCGAUUGAUCAGUAUCAGGCCCUGGAAAAACAAUAUCAACCAAACUGUGUUCAAUUUGUAGUUUUUCCACCAUCGCUUUUUUUUAUACUGUUUUUGUCACGUUUUCCUUUCUCCACUUUAAAUGAACUGAUGUCAAAUUAAUGACAUUUCUUUCAGCUUAUUGAUAUUAUUCCUCUGUACUGUUGCUGUAAACGUGUUGCUGUGUAAAACAAUUAGGAACAUCACUGCCGUAUCUAGAUUAGGACUUAAUUGCUUUGUUUACACAGUUGAUAUACAAUGAAUUAUCCAACUAGCUGGCACUAAUUUCCUGCUUUUUUAUAAACAUUUUGAUCUUUUAUUCUCUGUUACAGGAUGUUUUAUGGUCCUGUGGUUGGGGGACUUAUAACACAACAUCUGUGUUUUGAAUGGGCAGCUGCAGUCCAAGGAGGCUUGGCGUUUCUCGCUGUAAGUAUUGCAUUUGCUUGAGACUGUAGCUGAAUUUAAGGCAUGUUAAAUCUUGACGUGACAGACGGCAUGAAACUGUCAUAUUUUGAUACCCUAACUUAUUCAAGACUGUGGAAAUCCAUUUGUCAGCAUGGUUAUCAUAUCACAAAUAUGCUGACUGGUGGAAAAAUAAGCAUGUGAUUGUGGUUUCUCAGCAUUAUCACACAUUUAACUCCAUGACACCUCUGUCCUCAGGCCUUCCUACUUGCUAUAUAUUACCUCUGUCAACCUCCAAAACAACAAAGGUAACAAUUAACAUUUUAUUUGUGUCACAUUUAUUAUAUAGUUAAUGAAGCUGUUAACUAACUGGGAAACUAUGGGUUUUAUUUUGGAGUUUGUUUUCACUUUCUGGAUCUAACAACCCCUUGUAUGUUUACAUUCAAGAAUCCUGGACAGUAAUCAACACACAGAUGAAAGUACUCCUCUUCUGAUCGACUGAAGCCCUCAGCAACAUGUGGAAGUGUGCUAUACUGAACAAAGCAAGAUCUUAAUGUUUUAUAAAGUUUUUAUAUCAUUAAUUGCUUUUUAACAUUUUAAAUUAUACAUAUAUGUUGUUGCAGAAAUUGUAAUAUUUUCUACUUGCGUCGUGGAAGCAUAUUUUAACAUAACAUUGUUGUUAUGUAUUUAUGAAAUGUUGUGUUUGUAGAGGGUUCCGACUGAAAAAGUAUAAAAAGCAGUGACACUAA